AUGCCUCAAGAAGGGAUGGAGCUUGGGGAGAGGGCGCGUCUUCGCUUCGAGGUCCAUGUUGAUCCGCCAGCUGAAGCUUUAAACGUCGCUGCGCAGCGGGGCCAACAUUCUCGCAGUGGCCCUCAUCAAACGCAUGUCACGGAUUAUGCUAGAGCAGUGUACAAGUUCUCAGUGCUCCCAUCCGGUACUGGCAACCAUCAUGAGAGACUGGCAAGGUUCCUGGGCAAGCUCCUGGAAAUCCCGGGCGACCGAUUCUCAGCACCACGCCUCCAGGAGAACUUCGUGACCCUCUAUCGCUUCGUGCAGUUCUCCAGCUGUCGGACGACCCAGUCGAUGGCUCCCAGCAGGGAUCAGCCCACGAAAGGCACGGAGCAAGAGCAGGCCGGGGGCGUGAAAUGGAGGCUGCAGGAUGGCAUCACCUUCGAGACCUGCUACGAAUUUCACCAAUAUGCGGAUCCCUCACAGGCCGAGUCACCUGGCCAGAUCCUCUUCCUCACAGGAUACCCGUCGCCGGAGUGGCUGGGCUCCAUUGGUUCCAGGUACCGAGUGGAUCCUGAGUUCUUCAACCGCUUUCUAGACUUUCGCUCCAUCAACGAUCGGCUGAGCUGCUUUUCCGUGCCGCCAUUGCCCUCUUCCGAGUGGAACCUCAUCAAGCUAUCACUGCUCACCAUUGGGCUUCGUACUUCGUAUGACCCGCAGAUCAGUACGCGUACGAUCCGCGAGGACACAUCCAACGUCCUAGCCGAGAAACAUCACCAGAUCCAAGCCGGCGCCAAGGUGCCGGUAGGAACCACGGUGAUCCGGAACAUUAGCGUCCUUGACGAGAUGAACUUUGCAAUUGAGCAACACAUCUUCAUAUGCUACCAGCCUGCCGAGAUCCAUAGAGGCUGGGCAGUUCUCGUAUGGACAGAUGGUGGGAGCCUGGCAGGGUCAGAUUUCAUGGAGAAUCCCCUUUCCAAGGCCUUAAGACUAUCGAGUUCCUUCAGAGAGUCCCUUCUCCCGAUCGUCGUUUACAAGCCGAUGAUGGGCCUCAACUCCCAUCUCCUGGCUAAGCACUGCGCAGUACCGUCACUCCAUUUCGGAUAUGGCCGCUUUCUGCGACAAAAUCUAGCGUCUGGGCAUCCAUUCAUCGCCCUUACCGAAGUUUUCACGCUCGUGGCGUCCUCGGAGAAGCACUUCCUCAACAUGAUGGAACUAAAGCUCGAGAGAGCGGUGCUCAACAGUGGAGGCAAGCCGUAUAACGACGGCCUAGAGAACCUGAGGUACUUCAACACUGUACUCAACAGGCAGGUACGGCGGAUCAAGAGCACGCUCGCAGCGCUCAGCAGCGCGGGCCACCGCAACAAGUGGCUUAAGGCGGACCCGGAGCCGACCGAACGAGCGCGAAGGGAGGUUGAGCAGGAUUUUGAACACCUGCACGAGCACGCGGAGACGCUCUACAGGCGUUGCCAGGAGGAGAUCGCGGUGCUGAUGAACAGCAUGGCCAUCCUCGAGUCCGAAAAGGCCAUCGCGCAGGCUGGGCGCAUGGCGAGGCUGACAUUCCUCGCAUUUAUCUUUGUCCCCAUGGCAUUCGUCUCGUCCUUCUUCAGCAUGAAUGUUCCCGAGCUGCAGAGCGUGCCGCUAUGGGCGUGGUUCGUGGCCAGCACCGUGAUACUGACUCCGUCUCUUGCAUUGUAUUGGCUUGAUGAGGACACUCGAAGGAGGUUCAAGGCCCGUGCGAGGCUAUUGUUUAAAUUGAGUGUUUAG